UCCCAACUGUUGAGUUCACUGCUUCACAAAGACGAUGGACAUUGGCGACGACAUUUUCUUCGAUGACUGGGAGGACGCCAUGCUCAACCAGCUCAUCCAAGCCGAAGAGCUCGUCCUCUCUUCCAUCGCCAAACCAACCCAACAACAACAACAACAACAACAACAACCCCCGCCACAACUGCCACAACCGCCGCCACCGCAUUCCGUUUGUGAACCCUUAGGGUUCUCUCCUCCUCGAGAGCUCUCUCAGAGGGCUCCCGAUUUCGAUUCUUUUCCUCUUCACCAUCGUCAUCAUCAGCACCACUCUCCCCCUCGCCCCGCAAAACCCUCUUCUCAUUAUUCUUAUACAUCUUCUUCUUCUUCUUCCGGUUUUGCCUCUGCUCCUCCCCGACCGCAAGAUUCCGAUAAGGACAUCGAAAUCGAACGGCUGAAGACGGAGCUGGGACGUGCUUCAAAUCAACUUGCAAAUAUGGAGAAGGAGUGUCUCAUGUUAAAAAAAGAAAGAGACAAGAAAGAGGAACAACUCAGAUUAAUAUCUUUGAAGAACGAAGAAGCAAUUGCGCGUGCUAACUGUUCCAAGUCUGUAGACAAGCCUGACAAUCAUAAAUUCUCCUCAUUUGAAAAUGGAAUGUCAUCAAAAGAUCCAAGUGUUGAGAAAACUUUUAAAUCUAAGGGGGUUGAAACUGACAUGGUUAGUCACCAAGAAGCUCAAGCUUCUCUAAGCAAUGCUGUCCCUGCUUAUCUUGAUCUUUCCCAGAAGUUGCUGGCAAUACAGGGAACUUCAGUUGGCAAAAGACUGGGAAGUAAUGCAAUAUCGAAGUUGCUUGUGUGUUGCCAUAGAGACUUUUAUACUCUUUUUGGAUUCAUGAGCAUGAGUCUUCCCUCUGAAAUACAAAGAAAAUUACUCUCAGAUAUAAGCUCAUCUGGAAGAGCUAUACAAUAUCUCAAGGAUUGUUUUCAUACUGCAGAAGCAGCCAAGGUGUCACAUCUCUAUCUUGUGUUGACAAAGGUAAAUGAUGGAACAUACGUAUUGGAAAAUAUGAUUGAACCAUUACUUGAUCUCUGCAGUAUGGAAAAUGUUGUUAUUGUCCAGAGCUCUCUAUUUAUACUGCAUAAUCUUCUGAAGUUCCUACUGGAGGAAUCGAAAAUUAAUUCGGGAAGAAGGGACAAUGUCUAUACUGAACAAAUUUGCAUUGAGAAGAAAACCGUGGAUUCUAUUCAAUUAGAAAGUGUUAAAGAUGGAACGCUCUUCAAUGAAGAAGUACUAAGCAGAAAGGAGUGCUGGAACCUUCAAAAUGCAUCGCCAACUCAUGUAAAUUGGCUUAACCUUUUUGAGACAAUGCACCAAAUUGUCAUGAGGAUCAAAGAAGAAAGCGUCAGGGUGGAGGCACUGUCCAUCAUAAAUCUGGUUCUUCUCAAGAGUAAUGCUUACUUUGAGAGGGCCCAGUUUAACCAGAAUAUACUCUUUAAAACUAUAUCAGGAUUGCUCAAGAAGGAUGCUGGACUUAUCGUCAGAAGACAUGCUCUAAGACUUCUUUAUUUAGCGCUAAAUUGUCCAAACCUGUUGGCCACUUUUUGCUGUGGUUGCCGAGAAGGGGAGAGUACUAGUGCUAUGGAUGGUCAUGCAUCUGUUUCUGAUUUCAAAGAUUUUGGAACCAUCCUUCAGGGAUUGGGUGACUGUGUAGCAUCUUGUGGAGGUGGCUUACUGGAGUUGAAAUUAAGCAGAAAUGCCAUUCUUGUGUUGGCAUUCCUUGCAUCGUCCGGGAAACCUGGUUUUGAAAUUUUCAUUGGACACAGGCUUUCUAGGGGUGUAAACUAUCUUAUGCUGAUUUUGCAAUUGUUGGUAUCAGAGGUGGACCAUGAAGCUAGAGUAGGUAAAGAACUGUCAGAGAUUUCCAGGGAGAGGACCAUUUUGAUGCGGGAGAUACUUAUACUACUGAACAGACUUGUGUCGAAUCCUUCAUAUUCUGCCACUGUGUUGCGCAGCUUAUCGAACACAAGGGAUAUGGCUGGUUUGACAGUAGAUGUUGCAAUCAGAUUAUCUCGGAAGAUAAAUGAGUGCAUUCUACAGGACAGCAUGGUGAAGCAUAUAAGAGAAACUGAAAUCGUUGACCUUGCUCGUGUGUUCAAGAAAAGGGUAUUCACAUAUUUAGGAGAUGACUUAUUAUGAAGCCCCAUCUUUCCGUUAGAUUUUGUAUAUAAAAUAUAUGCAUGUUUGUACACGUACCAUUCUACUACUGUAGGAAUUGAGUCUUGUAAAUUUUGCUUUGGGGAGAAAAUUUGUAUUGGCUUCACACAGAAAUCUGUCUCCUAAAAUUUUGUAGCAGUGGAAGGCUUACUCCUGAGGCUGUAUAAUUUUGAAUGUGGCCAUCAAACAUUCAUAAAGAAAAUUUUAGUGGAUGAAAUGUUUAUUAUUGUUGUUAUUAAGAAAAUCUCUC